UGGCAUUUAAUCAAUUUGCUUAAUGUAUUUUUUAUUUGCUUGCAACUUCAGUUUUUCUCAAGUGUGACUUCAUUAAUUUUCGUGUCUUUUAAACGAUUUCCAAUUUUGCAGUUGAUAUUAUGAGUCAAGUUUAGUAAUACUGAUAUCAUGCAUCAACAAGAUGAAGAGCAGCAUAUACAACGGUAUGUUAGAUUCCAGCAUUUAGAUGUGCACCCCACACAGAAUGCAUUAAUUAUCAAUUAUGAUGUGGACCCUAAUAUGCUUGCACAACUCAAUGACUUUAUGUUAAAAGGAUCAAGGGAUACUCAAAAAGUCGUCCGCCUUAAAGGUUCAUUUGAUACUGAUGAAAUCCAAGCAAUAGCUCAAGCAAUAAUUGACACUUGUCCUCUUGUACCGCCUACAAAAUUAACCGAAGUGGAACAACUACUGUAUUAUUUACACACAAGAAAGGGAUCAACUGAAGAAGUAAAUACGGAAGAUGUUGAAACAAACUCAUCUGACUCAGAUUUAAUCCCUUCUGAUGAAGAAUCGGCAAGCGUCACCAAUGUAGACAGUUAUAUUGAACUUCUUUAUGAAGAGAUACCAGAGAAAAUUAGAGCAUCUGCUUUAGUACUGCAGUUAGCACGAGAAACUGGAAAUUUAAAUGUAUUACGUAAAAAUGAAAUCCUUCUUGGUGCUCUUGCUCGAGUUUUACGAGAAGAUGGACGUAAAUCGAUUGAACUCAGUACCAAUAUAGUUCACGUGUUUUGCUGCUUUUCAGUUUUUUCCCAAUUCCAUCCCCUCCUUGCUCAGCAUAAGGUUGGCUCUUUGUGCAUUGAUGUUGUAGAUGGGGAACUGAAACGAUAUGAACAGUGGAGUGAGGAAAUUGCAAAGAAGAAAGUUUUGAUAGAUUCAGGAAAAUCAAGUCCAGCAAUGAUGGCUGACUACGAAAAAAGUUUCCAGAAGUAUCUCACCUUAGUAAAAAAACAAAACCAACUUCUUCGAGUCUGCUUUCUACUUCUCAGUCACAUUGCGGAAGAUAGAAAAGUUGAGAACAAAAUGGUAAAUCGUGGAAUUGUUGGACUCUUGUCUAAAAGUUUAAGCAGAGAAUUACCUGAAUUACUAAUACUUGUUGUUACAUUCCUUAUGAAGUUAUCUAUCUACAUUGAAAAUAAAGAAGAAAUGGAAUUCAACUGUAUUGUUGAACAGGUCGCUCAUCUUAUCCCUCAUGAAAAUUCAGAAUUACUGAGUGCUGUCCUUAAAUUAUUGUUAAAUUUGUCUUUCUCAAUAGAGUCUAGAAAUUCAAUGGUCAAGUGUGGAUUAUUGCAGAAGCUUGUCACUUUAAUGUCUGUGAAGGCUCACCUUAAUGAAGUUUUAGGCAUCCUGUAUCACAUUAGCUUUGAUGAUCGGUGUAAAUCUCUAUUUACAUACACUGACUGUAUUCCAUUAACUAUGAAAAUGAUUGUUGAACAUUCUGACACUGUAUUACCGAAGUACUUGAUAGCAUUGGCUGUUAACUUGGCUGCAAACAAGCGUAACGCUCAACUGAUGUGUGAAAAUGAUGGAUUGAGACGCUUAGUGGAGAGGGCUUUUCAUUAUCAAGAUUGUCUGCUCCUAAAGAUGAUUAGAAAUAUAUCCCAACAUGAUGGCCCUACCAAAAUAUUAUUUGUGGCAUUUGCUGACUUAUUUUGUGAAGCUAUUCAUCGAAGUACGGGUAAAAAUGAUGAUUUUGUGCUUGAAUGUGUGGGGAUCAUGGGUAAUUUGACGAUACCUGAAUUAGAUUAUGAGAUGUUACUCUUCCAGUACGAUUUGUUGGGUUUUAUGAAGAAGAAACUCUCACAAGGAAACUGUGAAGACGAUAUGAUUCUGGAAGUUAUCAUUCUAGCUGGAACAUUUUCAGCUGAGGAAGUUUGUGCAACUACCCUUCUUGAAUCAGGCAUGAUAAAACAUGUUAUUGAACACUUAAAUGCUAAACAAGAAGAUGAUGAAAUUGUGCUGCAUAUUGUUUAUUUAUUCUACCAACUUAUAUACCACAGAGCUACGAGAGAAGUCAUUAUUAAAGAUACUCAAAUUCCGGGAUAUUUGCUUGAUUUGAUGCAUGAUAAAAAUACUGAAAUCAGGAAACUUUGUGAUAGAAGCCUGGAAAUAAUAUCGGAGUAUAAUGAAGAGUGGGCCAAGAAGAUCCAAAUUGAGAAAUUCCGUUGGCAUAAUUGCCAGUGGCUUGAAAUGAUUGAGUCCCAGCAAUUAGAUGAGGCUGAUUUCUAUGGGGAAGAUUCUUACACCCCAAGGAUUCAGGACUUUCUCAAUCCGUCAGAUUUACUUUAUGGAAGUGGUGCUUAUGAGUCCCUGUUGAGUGAUGAAAGCUUAUCUCCGGAUGUCCUAGAUGAUCUGCCUCCUGCAAAAUCUAUAGACAGUGCAUCCUGCCGUCCAAAGUCUCGUUACAAAAAUAGAAUACCUGGGCCUGAACAAUGAUGUGCUGUUUUGAGCCAUUCUAAAGUAUCAAGCAAUUAUAAUCAUAUUUUGACCAGUGCAAUUAUCAUAUUUAUGCAUUUGAACAUAGACACAUUUUUUCAUAAAAUCAAAAGCUGUUUUUUUUUUACUUAAUUUUUGCAUAUUAUUUAUUUGUAUUUAAAUGGCUUUUUACAUAUAUAUAUUUAAAUUAUUAUUUAUUUAUUGAUAAUUUAAUAAAUGUUAUAUA